AUGGAUGGAUGGGAUGGAUGGAAUGGAUCGAUCGAUUGCUGCGAGGGAUUUAUCAAAUUAAAUGAGCGUGAGAUAAAAGUGAAAAUUUGGGGAUUUCUGCCAUAUGAUUUUUCGACAUAUCAAAUGCCCCAUGCAGCACAUGCCUCCCUUAUUAGCCCGCUCAUUAAUCCUUUCAUGCCUUCAAAUAUAUUAAAUUUACUGCAAGAUGAUGCAAAAAAUGAGAAAAACAGUAAUUUACGACCAUUUCAAAUCUAUGAUCCAUCAGAUCCAGUAACGGCGCUAUCUAUUCCAGCAGAGUCAUCAUCACAUAAGCCAGAACAAUCACCUACUACUCAGGUUACAUCUUCUACUUCUGAUGCUGACAUACAAAGCGUUCAGCGCAAUGUCAUUGUACGAAACGAUAAUGCACGCAAGAAAAAGGAACUGGUAAAAGAUGAUGCCUAUUGGGAACGAAGAAGAAAAAACAAUGAUGCUGCAAAGAGAAGCCGAGAUUCGCGGCGUCAAAAAGAAGAUGAAAUGGCUGUCCGAGCAGCUGUACUAGAACAAGAAAAUAUCCGCCUUCGGCUCGAACUGGAACAUUUGAGAGCAGAAACAGAUCGACUUCGAGUUUUAGUACUUUCACCAACAAUACUUCCUGCUUCUUCGAGUAUUAUUUCCACUUCGACACCAGUAAUACAUCAUCCGCAAACUCUUUCAGUAAUAUCACCUUUACAUUCACGAUCACCGAGAAAUGAACAGUUUUUACUUCAGCUUUCAACAAUCGCAUCAUCAUCUGAUUCUGCUCAAUAA